AUGACGUUGAAUGGUGAUGAAUCACUAGGAAACAGUGAACUUGAUGUAUUUUUAAUUAAUUGUAUAGUAAUGCUUCGUUUACAUUUAUUAGAAUUGGAAAAAGUUGCUGAAUUAUGCGAUGAUUUCAAAACAAAAUAUUUGCAAACGUUAAGGAAGAAAAUGACUCAGGAAUCUAUGAUCGGAUGCAGUGGUGAGAGCGAUGAUGAUUUAUGCAAUUCGUCUCCAGAAUUUUCAGAACAGUCAAAACAUCGAGCAAUACAACAAACAGUUGCAAUGAUGUCUACACCAAAAGGAAUGGUAGAUAUUUUGAAAAAUUUCUAUGUUUUUAAAAUUUUUUAUCACAAUUAA